AUGUCGUACCUGACCCCUCCAAUCUCCAUGACGGGCUUGAACCAAAGCUCUAACAUUCAGAACUUCAUAUUAGAUACCCCAAACUCACAGCAGCUGUCGUCUGAAGGCUCGGAAAUGUCGCUUAAAGUGAAGAACAAUAUCUGCAAAUCGUUCGAGGAUGAUGUCUUCUUUUGUCCUCGGAUGCUUUUGUCUUCGCAAGAACAGUCAAAAUGCCAAAAAAUGGAUCAGUUUUUGUUGGACCAAAUGCGCGAAGUCGGCGGAUCCCGCUUACAUGAGGUUUCAUUCUUAGAGAAUCUGAACUCACAGCCCAAAUUUAACCCUUACACUUCGCAGAGCUUUAGUCCCGCUCCGCCUCCAUUUGAACAUCAAUCACAACUGCAUGGUCAUAAUGGACUUUGA